CAAUUUUAAUUUUGGCUCCUGUUGACUUGCUAGGAUUAUUCUCUUUGCUUGGUCUUUCGUUUGCCUUACCGUUUCUUUACCAUGCCUGUAGGGGAGGCUUUUCUUUCUGCUUUCCUGCAAGUGCUUUUCGAUAGAUUGGCUUCUCGUGAGUUUGCAGAAUUAUUUCGCGGCAGAAAAUACGAUGACUUGCUGGAAAAGUUGAAGAUCACACUGCUCAGUGUUACUGUAUUGCUCAAUGAUGCUGAGGGGAAGCAGUUUUAUUAUCCUGCAGUGAGAAAGUGGCUGCACAUGGCUAAAGAUGCCCUUUAUGAUGCAGAGGAUAUAUUGGACAAGCUGGCUACUGAAGCUUUAACAUCCAAGUUGGAUUCUGAGUCUAAAUCUGAAGCGAAUCAGGUAACCAAUUGGCGACUCAUUUCAAGCCCUCUUAGUCCUUUUAGUGGAGGUGUCAAUUUCGAAAUAAAUAAGAUUAUUGAGAAGUUGGAACUUAUUGCUAAGUAUAAAGAUGUUCUUGGUUUGAAUGAUGAUGUUAAGGGGAGGUUAUCUGGAAGCACACAAAGAUUACCUACAACUUCCUUGGUUGAUGAAUCUUGUGUUUAUGGUAGGGAUAACGAUAGAAACAUGAUUAUCGAAUCACUAUUAACCGAUGACUCAGGUAGUUGUAAAGUUUGUGUAGUUCCUGUAGUUGGCAUGGGCGGCGUUGGUAAAACUACUCUUGCUCAACUUGUGUAUAAUGACAGCCGAGUGGAGCAGCAUUUUGAUUUGAGAAUUUGGGUUUGUAUGUCUGAUCGAUUCAAUGUAACGAGGGUGAUAACAACAAUUCUCAGUUCUGUCACUUCAAAAUCUGUUGAUGUUAAUGACUUGAAUCUGCUGCAACUUAGUUUGAGGGAGAAAUUAGAAGGAAAGAGAUUUUUGCUCGUUCUAGAUGAUGUUUGGAGUAGGAGAAAUACUGAUUGGGAUCUCAUUUGGAAUCCAUUGAAAACAGGAGCAAGAGGAAGUAAAAUAAUUGUAACUACUCAAGAUAGCAAUAUUGCAGCAAGUAUGGCGACUGUUCCGGCUCAUCAUUUGGAGUGUUUAUCAUUUGAAGAUUGUCUGUCAGUUUUCAUGAAUCAUGCAUUUGAGAAUCCAAACUUUAAUUUAUUCCCAGAUUUGGUGGCUUUUGGAACUGAGAUCGUGAAGAAGUGUGAAGGUCUACCCCUGGCAGCGAAGAGACUGGGAAUUCUUCUGCGCUCCAGACCGAAAGGCGAAUGGUAUGAUGUCUUAAAUAGGAAAAUAUGGGAUCUACCGGAUGAUGAAGGUGAUAUUCUUCGGACGAUAGGAUUAAGCUAUCAUCACCUUCCUCCUCACUUGAAGCAGUGCUUCGCAUACUGUUCAAUAUUUCCUGCAGAUUAUGAAUUUGACAAGGAGUCACUGGUUUUGUUAUGGAUGGCAGAAGGUUUUGUGCAGCAACCAACAGGCAGGAAAAAAUUGGAAGAAAUAGGUGUUGAAUAUUUUGAUGAGCUAGUAUCAAGGUCAUUUCUUCAACAAUCUGUUCACAACAGUUCACUAUAUGUAAUGCAUGGCCUCAUGAAAGAUUUAGCUCAAUUUGUUUCUGGAGAUUAUUGUUUCAGAUUGGACGAUAAGGUGGUGGAUGGUGAUCACAACAGAAUUUUUGAUAAGGCUCGUCAUUCCUCGUACAAUCGCAGUAGACGAGAAAUGCUCAGAAAAUUUGAUGCCUUCCAUGGAGUUGAGUGCUUACGCACUUUUCUGCCAUUGGAUCCGACAGGAGAAAUUGGAGCAAGCUUUUUGGCUAACCAAGUUCCCCAUGAUCUCUUGCCAAAGCUAAAAUACUUGAGAGUGCUGUCUUUUAAUGCCUGCCGCAUCACUGAAUUGCCGAAUUCAGUUGGUGAAUUGAAACAUCUACGCUACAUAGAUCUUUCUCGCUCAGCAAUCAAAACUUUGCCUGGCUCAAUAGGAACUCUUUACAAUUUACAAACUUUAAUCUUAGUUGAAUGCUAUUCUCUGAGUAAGUUGCCCACAGAGAUGGGAAACUUAACAAGCCUUCGACAUCUCCGGAUUAGUGGAAGCAGGUUAAGAGAGAUGCCAAUGCAAAUGUGUAGAUUGACGAAUCUUCAAACGUUGUCUCAUUUUAUUGUGGGUAAAGAUUCUGGAUCUGGAAUUGGAGACUUGAAGGACAUUCAUCGACUUCAGGGAGCACUUCUUAUUUCAGGAUUGCAAAAUGUGGUCAGUUUCACUGAUGCAAUAGAGGCAAAUUUAAAGGACAAGAAGGAUUUGACUCAGUUGGCAUUACAAUGGAGUAAUGAUUUUGAAGAUUCAAUAAAGGACAGAGAUGAAGAAGAAGUGUUUAACACGCGCCAACAUCACAGAAAACAAAAGGAUCCCACCAUCAGCAGCUAUAAAUUUCCACAAUUUCCGAGCUUUAGAGAAACCUUGGAAGCUUAUAGGCAGGAAUCUGUUGAAUUACAGUUGGAUCGUAGUAGCAAUUUGGAUGAUUCAAGGAAUGAAAGAAUUGAAACAGAUGUACUUGAGAUGCUGCAACCACACAAAAACAUAGAAGAACUCAUGAUCAAGGACUAUGGAGGUACAGGGUUUCCGAGUUGGAUUGGAUCCCCAUUAUUCUGCAAUAUGGUACUUCUGCAACUUAGUAACUGUCCGAAGUGUCAAUUUUUACCACCAUUAGGACAAUUACCCUCACUCAAAGACCUUACCAUUGAAGGAAUGAAAAGAAUAAAAAUGGUGGGUACGGAAUUCUAUGGGGAUGGGUGCUCUUCUGAUCUACCUUUUCCAUCAUUGGAGACUUUGAAGUUUGAGAACAUGUCAGCAUGGGAGGAGUGGUCUUCUAGUGGACUUGAAGGUAGGGGUGACUUCCUUCGGCUUCAAAGUAUUGAAAUUCAGAAUUGUCCGAAGCUGAGAAAAUUCGUACAACACUUUCCUUCCUUGAAGAAAAUGACUAUUAGUGGUUGUGAAAAAUUGGAAGCUCUUCCAAGGCAUCAGACAACUGACAGCUUAAACCAAGGUGGAGAAUUUUCUUGCCUCCUCGAACUUUCUAUAUGGUCAUGCCCGAACUUGAUGGAGUUACCAACUUGCUUUCCUUCCUUAAUAAUAUUUCAGAUGCCAAAAAUUAAGAAUACUUCCAAAGCUUCCUUCAAUUUCUGA